GACAUACCAGUACGACCCGCUUUUCAAAUAAUUGCCAUUGUUUAACUGACAUUAGCCUAAUGGCUUUAGACUAGGUUGGAUUUCAUUUUGUCUAUGAAAGACGGAAUUAGUAACGGUGAUUAGUGAGUAGAGAACUGUCUCGUGAUAACGCUUUCCGGGGCCCAUACAUCCAACUAGUAUGAUGAUUAUAUAUAUGCUGUAAUUUUCACGAGUCACAUUAAAAGUCUGUGAUAUGUCUAGCCGAUCGCGUCAAAGGCGCAAGCGUUUUAUCAGUGGGAGCACUUUAGAUGAGACCUCUUCUUGUCGUGCAAAGAAAAUGCUUAUAAGUACUGUACAUCAUUCCAAGUCACAAUGUAAUGAGCAGCAUACUUCUUUACCAUCUUCACCAAAUUCUCCUUUUCUGGAUUCCGCAAAUAUGCUAUUCCACAAUUCUGAUAUCGGCUUGAGCACUUAUGUUAAUCGAAAGGAUAUUCCUGGUGAUCGUUCUGAUCCGGUUGAAGAUGAGAACUCAUUUCCCUCAAGCAUGUUUUCUGAAAAGCUUGUACAGCCCGGACUAAAUCUGGUUCCUGAACCUUCAUCAACAAACGAACAUGAUUCUGUAAGCCACAAAAAUUCCUCUGUUCCUAAUAAAAGUUUAUUAAAUUCCCGUCCGAGUACUAUACUGGAUGCUGAAUCCGAUAUCAACCUAGAUAGAAUGUUGAUUCAGAAUGAAAGAAUGGUUUUAACGCCAACUCCGGUGGCAACAGACGAUCCUGGCAGUUCCGAGGGGGAGUAUGAAAAUGAAAGUCGAGAAUCAACUUUGCAUCAAACUAAUCCUUCAGUUCGUCAUACCGCCUCAAGGAAUAUGACCAGUCAGUCUGGUUUGGUUAGUGUUCCGUCUAACCGAACUUUGGAACUUGUUGAAUCCGAGUCACAGGGAAGUAUAUAUUCCGACUCAGUUAAGGUUUCCGUUUUCGAUACAAUAUCUCAGUCUGCAGAGUGCAAUUCUGCUAGGUCUGGGAACUUGUCAGCACUGAACUCGACUUUAACCAAACCCAGUGGAUUUGUGGAGUCAUCAACGCCGAAUUGUUUCGUUGCACUGGUGAAUUGUAGUCCUCCACUUCAAAUUCUCUCCAGUCAGAAAAUGCAUAAAACUGUUAGUUGUCAUCGGACUACCACUUCUGAACCUCCAGUUUUACCAAAUAUGGAGAAUAUUGAGUAUCAUGAUUCUUCGGGUAGUAAUGGGAUGAUUGUAACGUGUGGUUCUCAUUGCUCUCACAGGAGCACAAAUGAAAGUCCCUAUAAGAAAGAAGCUGAAUCAAUAAAACAAAAUCCCUGUAGUUUCGAAAAUCAACCUCAUAACUUUCAUCCAACAAUAAAUGUGAACGGUUUUUCAAGAGAAGCUCAACAUAAGGUUCUACUGAGGUCAGAGCCACUGUCAUCUUCAGUUUCAAUCAGUAAUAACAAUUUUCUCCCUGAUAAAUUUCAAAUGAUACAAAAGUCUGAUGAUAUCUCUACAUUUCCCUCUGACCACAUUUUCAUCAUAACUAUUCCAAAUUCUUCUGAGGUACCACCUACUUUUGUUAAAAAAUGCAGAGAUUCUGAAAGUGGUUUCUUCGAUACUCCCACGUCUCAUAAUGUAAAUAAUAUCCUAAGUCCAGAAGUCGGUCACAGCUAUCCUCUCCGAUCCCGCCUGCGACAGGCGUCCUUGCGAUUGCAGUGGCAAGCCAUGCAAGUAGCUCCAAAGUCAUUCGGGCAAUUACCUACAGAAGUUGUGUUUCGCAUUAUUCAGUAUUUGAGCGUACAAGAUGUAUUUCGCCUUCAGCGUGUUAACCACCGGUUGAAAUCUAUUAUUGAGCAGUAUCUUCUACUGGUUAAGCGCAUUAAUUUUAGUAAUGGUCUCCCGUUCGCAUUCUUACCAGAUUCAAUCACAGAUAUAGCUCUGAAACGCAUGCUAAGCCGUACGCCAGAAGUCACACAUAUUCUUGGCUUUUAUCCUCGUAAAAUAGCAGAAUCUUAUCCAUCCGACGGACAAUACUCAAACAUAAGUUCUGGUCAUAAUACAUUAACCUACAGUGGGAUUAUCACAGCCUUUCGACUUUGUCCGAAACUCCGCUCAGUUGAACUGAUGGAUGUCGAGUUGAUGAGUGAGUUGGUUCGACAUCUCCCGCGCAUCAAAUUUCACGGCAUGUUUCGAAACCGCCCAGAUUCUUGGGAUUGUGAAUACGCAGUUCCUCUGCCACCCGAACCGAAUGCUGAAACUAUUUCAAUGGAUAGUGACCACGACUCUAUGAUAAGCCUUCCAAAUUCACGUGACGAGUCCCAUGUUGACUCAAAAUCCAAGCCUCUUUUUGGCAGUUUUAUUAGCACGUUAUUUUGUUCCGCGACUGCUGCUUUAGCGGUGGGAAGUAGUCGUGGUAAGCGAAAAAAUGUAGCUCGUUUAAAAUCUAAAAGCCAGACAGGAUGUGGAUGUUCCAUCCAGUCAUUCCAAUCUCUAAAUGCAGCAUUUUCAUUUCCAUUAUGGAAGAAUGAAAACAGUCAAUCACUUACACAGAUGACCGCACAAUCAGUCCAUAAGGUUGCUUUGCGUCAUGCGAAUUUCUCAAAUUGGUUUGAACCUAUCGGUGAGUUGCCUCUUGGCCAAGGUUCACCUUCUACAGUGCCUCACUUUCUUCCAUCUCGGCUGUUCACUGCAUUUAAUGGUGGUCCUAGUUUCCCUCCUGCGCACGAGAAUAUCCCAAAUAAUUCUGUCCCACCUAUGGGGCAGGACUGUUACUCCAGUGCCGUGGAAUCUUUACGCAAUUUAGCUGUUUCACAUUUUCUGCAACCUGGUUUGCCACCCAUUGAAGCUGAGCUAAUUGCUGUGGCUCCCUUUGGCUAUUCUCGAUGUUCUUUACAUGGUGUAGGAUCUGGUCGAAACGGCAUUCGUAAUGCUCAUGGUCCAGUCUUAGCAUUUGCCUUCGGGGCUAUAUUCGUCCCUCCACAAGGAGUUUCGCCGUUCAUUUUGCCAUCCAAUAACGCGUCAAACUGCCGCUUUAUCGAUGCAAGACAAUAUAAUGCCGUCCUAUUGGGAGCUAACUUACUGCGAGGAGCACAAGGACCUCAUCUUGCAUUUGAGCGUAUAUUCAACUUCCCGCAAAAUGUUAAUCAAAAUAAUGUUCCACGUCAAGUUCAGCUGCACGAUCAGGUAGGAGGGCGAAACCAACAAAGACAGCACCCUCAACGUUUUCGUCGACCACGUACAAGCAUAACAAGCUUGAAUGCCUCCGGUCCAUGGUUGGUCUCCCCAUUUCCCAGUCAACUGCAGUGGAUUAUUUUACCUCAUGCUAUUACAAAUCUAACCAAAUUAGAUCUAGUUUCUGUCGCAAUUAGCGCUAUUCCACGACUGGACAAUAUUAAAUAUCUACAUCUUAAAUGGGUUGUAUUCGCUUCAGCUGAUCCAUUCUUCAGUUUUUUGGCACCGAAAUUGCAAUCAUUUGUCAUGAACAACUGUAGUACACCAUCAAGAGUUGUUCGAUUUGUUCGUAUUUUCUCGGCUCUUUCACGGGCUCCUCAGCUUACACGGCUUGAGUUGGUUGGUACACGCUUCAUUGAUGGUCUAAUUGGACACAUAAUUGAUGACAGUAUGUCCCACGGGCGUGGAUUUCGUAAUCUUCAGCGUUUGGUGCUUUCUAGCAACAAAGAUGCAUCUGAAGUAGAUAUUGGAUUGCUUCUGCUGGCUGGUCAACAGUCUUUGAAUCAAGUAGCUCUCCAGAUGCUGCAUACACGAAAUUCAUUAUUUGAAGGUCUUUAUCAUGCCGGUGCUGAAUUUCCACGUCUUGAAAGUCUUACUCUUGGUUAUUUAGAUCCUUACCAGUCACGUUUAACAGUUUCUGAAUUGAUGAGUUUAGGUAUUGGGGAAUCAUCUGAUCAUUUGUCACCUAUUUGUAUGAUAACCGAUUGGGGUAUAGCGCUUGCAUUUUUCAUCUGUCCUCGACUUGUAAAUAUUAUCAUUCGAAAUGCACCAUAUUUAAAUGAUAUAACACGAUGGUUUUCUGCUGGAUUUUGUGAUGAAGAAUCACUACACAUUCGACCGACAAUUGUACCUUCAUCAGCUAGCGAGGAUUCUACUCAACCAGCUGCCGACUGUCAAGAAAAUUCUACACAAACGUGUGUAACAGACAAACCUUCAAAAACCUAUUUCUUACCUCUACGAUCACUAACAUUGGAAAACUGUCCUGGGAUAUCACUUGAAAAUCUUGAACGUGUUUUGAUUAGCGGACAUCCUUUCCCAUGCUUAGAAACUGUCGUCUUAAGAAAUAUGUUUGCGCCUCAAUACGGUGAGAGCAAAGGCUUCAUGAAUACACCGCAUCUUUUUGUUGAUCAACAUGAUCAAUGUGUUACUGGACAAAGUAUAGAUUGGCGUAAACUUGUUCACCUUUUAUGCUUAUCAGAUUUAUUAAGUACUCGUCGACUGGGCUAUUCUCCUUUAUCACCUGAAGACUGUAUUGGCUUAGGUGCAUCCGUUCGAGAAGUAAUUCACAUGAAUCCACCACGUGGUUUUCUACCAGAUUCUUUACGAACAAAACCACAUGAUUUAUUUUGUUCACUUCGAGCUCACACCUACUUGAAUAAUCUGUUGGAAUUAGACGGUUCCUGCGGUUGGUCAGUGUCAGCACCGACCAGAGUGAUUAAAACGUUGUUUUCACAUAACAUACAUAUUCCAGUGUCGGAUGUUCCCGAACGAUAUUCCAGUAAACCGGAUGAUGAUAAUGAUUUUAUGUCUCGUUCCACACAAACAUGCAUUUGCGGUGUAUUAGAAUGGGAUGUUACUCUGAGAAUGUCACAGUCACAAUUGGUUACUGAUCAAAAAAUUGUGAGAAGUAAACUUGUUUCUUCUGACAACUCAAAAAACAAUCAAAAUUGCCUCAAUGUACGUAUUGACACCGAAACUAGUCGAAAUACUGUUCCAAGUACCAGUUCACACUCUGGAAAGACAUUACUCUUACGUUCAACAGUAAAUCAAAAUAACGCUUCUACUCCAAUAGCAUCUCAAUUGCAACUUGGUGGUUCUUUAGCAUUUCAUCCUUUUCCUCCUUCGAUUCAGCAUAAAAAUUUCUAUAGGAUGAUUACUAUGUCAGAAUGGAAUCAAUUGAUUGCCAAGAUGUCCACACCAUUUGGUCUUCCGUGUUGUCCGAUUAUUUACCCUGUGACUGGUUCAAACGAGUGCUCAGGGUGUGCUUCUGAUCCAUUGCUUUUUUCUCAGGGUAUUUCAAACUAUCAAAUAUCUGCUCCUUGUAAAUUAAUCAAACAGUCUAGUCACACUGCUACAAAAUGGUUAGCUCGUGAUGCAUGUAUAGAUACCAGUGAAUUAAGAUGUUUUACAUUGCCAAAACCACAAAUCCUUAAUAUUUUACAACCAUUGAAUGCUAUUCAUAGUUGUUUAACUUCAUUACACUUUGAAAAAGUUGGGAUUUCUCAUAUAAAUUUGUGUGAAUCUCCACAUUUGAAAAAUAUCACUUUAGAAAAUUGCACUGAACUAAAAGCUAUCUUAUUUGACAAUCAUUCUUCAAUAGUUGAUUGUACUAAUCAUCAGAAUAAUGUCAACUGCAAAGCUGUCGAUCGAUUUCCAGCACUUCGACGUAUUCGAAUUAUUAAUUGUCCAAAGUUUGCAAUCUAUAAUUUCCUAUCCAGUGUUGGUAAACUUUACCCUACACACAAUGAAAAUAUAUCUAUUACAUACAGGCAAGUAUUUUUUUUUCCCAUCAAAUUAUUUAUAGUAUACCAUCUGAACAUUUGCUUUAUAUAAUAAAAUCAUUGUUACAUCAAAAAUGGGCACUUCUAGGAGCGUUUUGCAUUCUGGCUCAUCAGUUUUAAAUUUAGACGCUCUUCUUGUGGCCUGAACGUCCCCGGGUUCCAUGCACGGAAAGAUCUUAGAUUUCCACUGCUGAGUCUCAUACUAGGACGAAAUGACUGUUUGGUACUUCUUGAUUUUCAGUGGUUUCCUAAGACCAGUCUGUGAUGUAAACUAUGGAACUUCAAUAAUCUGCACAAAUCUAUUGUAAUCUAAAAAAUAUUGAUAAAGGCAGAUAAUAUUAAAGGAGCGAAUGUUAAUAAUGAAGGAAAGUGUAGGAUGUAAGCUGAAGCUAAUGUCGCGAUAGCAUUUUUACCAGCUUAAAUUUUAUGAUAUCCCUGUCUUGUCCUCUUUGUUUUUAAAAUGCUUAACUGAUUUCGUUAUUCUUACGUUCGAAAUAACACAAUUAUUAUUAUUAAGUGGUCUACUCACAAAUAUUCACCUGUAUAUUUUAAUGAAAUCAGUGUAUUUGUUAAAUGUUUAGGUGAUUAUAAUGUUCAUUCAUUCCACUAUUGCUUUGUUAAUGAUUUCAUCAAUUUUUCAACAAUGAUUCGAAUAAAUUCCUCUUAAAUCAUAUGUUCACUGCAUAUUGUACUUAUUUGCCAUCUUUUCAAUCAAAUCCAUAAAUAAACAUCUAUAUUCCGUCCUCACACUUGACAGUGAGUAUCUAUAUACUUGGGUUCUUUUUCCUUUCAAUUUCAUUACAGUCGUAGAUUUUUCCGCAUAAGGUGUUGUCACUAGUUGUUUGGGUAAAAUGGGCAAAACCGUAUUAGUUUAGCACUCUAAUGCUGACAAUAUGAUCGCAGCACUUUAAUGUCAGUUGUUGUUUCCAUUUAGUACUAAUAUGGUAUGACGAAACGUAGUUAGUAUUUAAUUCGUGUACAUAUUUUAUCAACAAAUCGUGUUGAUACAAAAUAGAUCAUAAAAGUCGAGUAUGGAUUGGAUUUUGGAUGCGUAUAUAUCCCAGACUUGCUAAUAUUAGACGGCAGGUAGACAACAAUAGAUGCAGCGAAUACUCAGAGCAUUCAGUUUCGGGGAGAAAACCUAUUUGAAAGUGUAAUAAGGUAGUGACCCAGUUUUUAUAAAUCAUGGAAGAAAAUCCAAAAAGUGGAUGGACACAUGUAUCGUUUAUGCAUAUAUUUGCAUAAAAAGUGGUCAAGGUUAAGGGAUAGUAAUUGAUAUAAAAGCAAAAUAACUUAUAGCGUUAAGAAUAGUUUACCUGGCCGAAAGCUAGAAUAAAUCACUUAAACACGUUAUGAACUAAUACUCCAUCACCAUUGGUCAAUUUGUGAUGUAAGACGAAACAGUAGCUACUGUCAACGUUUAUAAACACCUUCAAAUAAUCAACUUUUGUGUUAAUCGGUUGUGUCUUGAUUAAAAUUCUUGUUUUAUUUUGACCCUGUUAUUUUUUGGUUAAAAAUUAACCUUUUUUAUAGACCAUUUGGACAAUAUAAUACUCAGGUAGAACGAGCAUUAUGGGAUUAUUGUCAGCAUGCGCACAUACUUAUUUCACAUGACUACAAAGUUUGGGAAAGUGAACGUGCCAUGGAAGACUUUCAUUCCACGUUUGAUCAGUUGUUCAGAGAAGUGAUCAAUUUCUCUGAUAUGGUUAUUCGUCGGGACCUCCUUCCUGUGUAUCCUCAGCCCAUGGAAUAUACACAAAAUUCAUUUUAUAAACGCUGUGAACUUGGUUGUGAGUGGGAUUUUGUUACAGAUAUACCAUGGGUUCAUGAAGUAUGUUGUUCUCUUCUUAAAAAUAAUGAACUACAUCGGUCUGAUCAAGCUGAUCAACUUUAUGAAUUAUUGUCGGAAUAUCAAGCAGCUUCGGAAAAUUUGAAAAUUCAACGACAUGGUAUACAUUAUCAUGUGCAAUUUCGAAAUGUUCAUUCACACAUUGAUGUGUGUAAUAACGAUUCAUCAAGUAUGGUAGACAACGAUAACUUAAAUUAUUUUUCACAGCGUAAACCUACUUCUUAUAUUAGCUGGCCAUAUUCUGAAAAUAAUCUACUUUCUACCUAUCCUUCUGAUGAUGUCAAUACAAUGAAAAAUAUCUUAAAAGAAUACCACCCAUCGUUUGUUCAGAAUAUGUCUUCAGGCAAUCGUUCACAAGCAACAAUAAUUAAACAUGAUAAUAAUAUUGAAUUUUUACCUUGGAAACGUUUAUUACUAUCACAAGAAGAAAUAUUCGAUGCUGAAUUUGUGAAUCUUGACAAAUCAUCAAGCUUAUCAUCAUUCCCUAAUAAUAUUAAACCUUUAUCUAAACAAAAUUCUUUAUCCCAUUUGUCAAAUGUCAUGAAUAAAUCACUUUCAGCGUCUGAUAAUCGUUCAAAAAAAUUUACUUUCUCUUCCACUUCGAAUUUUUCCUCCUCCUCCUCCACGUCCCGACAACAACAAUCGUCAUCCAUAUCUUCUCCAGUAUCAACUACUAUAUGUGAUCAUUCUACUUUAAUUUCUUCCUCUCGUAAACGUUCACUUCCUCCAACUAAAUUAUUUUCGAAUCCUUGUAAAAAGUUUAAGUUAAAACAGUGAUUAUCUCAUUUCAUUUAAUGGUUCGUAUGUAUGUAUGUAUGUUUGUUUGUUUCUCUGUUUUUUAUGCUUGUGCGUAGACGCAUGUAUGACCUUACCUGUUUCUAACCACUCAUUUCCUUUCUGAUUCACUCUCUCUUUACUUAAUUAUUUGUCCUAUUUCUUAUUACACCUAUAUCUUGUAAUCUUUUCUUAUUAAAACUCUUUGUUAUCAGUCCUCUGCUCCUUAACAAACAAACACAUAAAAUUGUAUACAGUUUUUGAGUUCUCUUUCUUAUCAUAUAUAUAAUACCUUUUGCCACACACAUUCAUGCACAUUCUCUUUUUAUUUGAUGACCGUCCCGCUCCGCCUCUUGACAUAAUCAUCACGUUUAAAAUAUGUUGUACAUUAAUGGAUAAUAGUAAUAUUGUUCUUAUUAUUACUGUUACUAUUAUUAUUAUUAUUAAUCUCAGCCACAAUAAUAAGCUACUUGUUUAUCAAUCCGAUUUAUAUUGGACCAAAUAUAUUUUCAAAUCAUUAUAUAUAC